GCGGUUUCAAAUGCAUCUCUAACUUUGAGAUAUGAAAUACCAAUGGAUCUACUAAGUGGAGAGAAAGUAAAAGUAACUUACCAAGCGCAACGGCAGUGAAGGAGUCUAAAACUUUACGCCUAAAAUGGUCGAAGUAAUGAAUACAGAGAUCCAAAGCGCAACGAAAUAAGCAGACAGUUGAAGUUAAAAAUUAUUAAACUUUUAAUUACUUGACCAUAACAAAGUUAUCGCAGAAGAACACAGUGCAUGGUCGAGUUAGGAAGAAAUAUGAAUGCACAGCCAAACCAGAAAUACAACACUAAAUCUGCAAGCCUUGUAACAGAAACUAUAGCCGCCGUUAUGGCACCCAUUUUGGACACGAGCAAUGCGUCUUAUGCGGCUACAACUUACAACGUGGAUGCCGCAGCAACAACAGCGAUAGCGCUACCGUAUUGGAGUAGCGAUGGCGGUGAGGAAGGCGGUGGUAGUAGUAGCUACAGUGGACUCACUGCGACAGCGGUCAGUACUCACACCUAUAAUGACACGCAGGCGGCAGAUGACAAUUCGAGCGUUUAUUAUGAGUAUCCGCCCUGUCUGUCCUUCGAUGAGCCGGCGAAUGUAUCAUAUUGGAAUGUGACCUGCGAUAAUCCGUUGGAAUAUGGACUACCUUUGUAUGGUUAUUGUAUGCCCUUUCUACUGGUCAUAACAGUGGCGGCGAAUUCGUUGAUUGUGCUGGUGCUAAGUAAGAAACACUUGGCCACACCCACAAAUUUAGUUUUAAGAGCCAUGGCGAUAUGUGAUAUGCUGACAGUGAUAUUUCCGGCGCCGGGACUGUGGUAUAUGUACACUUUCGGCAAUCAUUACAAGCCGUUGCAUCCGGUAUCGAUGUGUCUGGCAUAUUCUAUAUUUAACGAGCUUAUGCCCGCUGUUUGCCACACGGCGUCCAUUUGGCUAACCUUGGCGCUGGCUAUUCAAAGAUACAUCUACGUCUGUCACGCGCCUAUGGCACGCACAUGGUGCACCAUGCCACGCGUCAAACGAUCAACAAUCUACAUCGCCCUCGCCGCUUUCCUGCAUCAGCUGACACGGUUUUUCGAUCGCACUUACUUCCCGGUCACCAUCGAAUGGAACGGCCAGCAGACGGAGGUGUGCCACGUGGAAACCUCCGAUUGGGUAUACAAUUAUGUCGGCGAAGACCUCUACUUUUCCAUAUAUUUUCUGUUCCGCGUAGUAUUCGUGCACGUGGUACCGUGCAUCUUACUCGUCACGCUGAAUGUGCUGCUCUGGCAAGCCAUGGAAGAAGCGAAGGAACGACGCAAAGCGCUCUUCCGCGAUAAUAAGAAGGUGGAGAGCCGCAAGGUGCGCGACAGCAACUGCACCACAUACAUGCUGAUUACGGUGGUCUCGGUCUUUCUCGCUGUUGAAAUACCCAUCGCUGUGGUGACGGUACUGCACAUUUUCUCCUCGUUAAUGGGCGAAUUUCUGAAUUAUCGCAUGGCCAAUAUAUCCAUAAUGUUUACGAACUUCUUCCUCGUUGUCAGCUAUCCGAUCAACUUUGGCAUCUACUGCGGCAUGUCGCGGCAAUUUCGUGAAACCUUCAAAGAUAUAUUUUUCGGUCGUUUUCUUACCAAAAAGGAUGCUUCGUCGAAAUACUCCAUUGUUAAUGGACCACGCACAUGCACCAACACUAAUGAGACUGUGCUCUAGUAAAUGGUGAUGUGGGUACCGUUUCGCGGCGCUGCUGCUGGUGGCGCGAGCAAAUGGCGAAAUGGUGCUAUGGCCGCUAAAGUGGCGAAUAAAACGCGACGGCGUAGCGAAUACAAAACGAACGUUGAUAUUAUAGCCGAAGAGUCGGUUGUGGUGGUGGUGGCCGCACAAGACGCGGCAAGGAAUGAGGUUAGAGUGCUAAACGAGGAAGGUGAGCGCGCAAAAGUCUCGGUAUAACUACACAUAAGGGUAAUUAGUGGCGACGAUACAUAGGUAUUCAAAGUAUAUUUUUACACAGCAUAUUUGGGAGAAAUUGAAAUAAAUGAAUAAGCCAAGUGUUAUUAAGCUGAUUUAAAGGCAAAAAUAAUGUGAAAACAUAAAAUUAUUUGUACAUACUUACAGGCGUAUAUUAAGUAAAUGCUAAGCUAAGCUCGAAAUUAGUUAAUCGAUGUCUGCUAAGCACCUUUUGUUAUAAGUUUCUCAUUGUUAUAUCUGUGGCGCACUUUAGGAUAUUUAAGCUGCCAAACCAAAUGUACAUACAAUUCCCACACGCAAUAGGCCUUUUGUUAGCUCAAGGCUUAAUUUAAUGGCAAGCCUUAAACCUGCAACACAAUGCCAGCUACUUGUGUACAUAGCAACCUGAGCACACUCCCUAAAAAAUAUAUUUAAGCCUGCACUAAGCUGUUCAAUGCAAUUGCGUCUAAGUAAGCCUUUGCUAGUUUAAAUAGAAAUUAUAAUUUGUGCAAAUAAGUAUAAAAGUAUCUGAUGGCUUACGCUCUAGACGACUUAGUGGCAAGUGUCGACGUGAGCGCGGUUUUACUCUUAGCUUAUUUAGUUCGUAUGAAACGUUUGUGUAAGCUGGAUCAAAUACCAAAUUUAAUGUAACAAAUUAAAUAUGAAAUUCUAAGAUUUUAUAGUUAAGAAAAACAAAAAAAUUGCACUUGAAAUUAUAGUGAAAUGUGUUUUAACUGUAAGGCGAGUAAGAGUUAGUGGCAAGUCGAGAGGAAAUUAACAAAUACUCAUUUAAAUUUGUAAACCUGCUGAGCCCCUACGUUUACCGAUUUAAAUGAUUAGCGAUGAGCCUGUGCAACCGUGUUGAGUGUGUCUGUGUAACCGUUAAGUGAGGUUAGUUACGUUUUAAAUGUACCAAUUAUACACACACACAUAGAUAUCUAAACAUUAUAUAGUAAUAUGAGUUGAAAUCUUAAUAAUUAAGCGUGUGUAUGUAUAUGUUAUGAACAAGGCUGUAAGUAAAUGCUAAAA